GCAGAAAGAUCGACAAAAAAUGUGGCCCUUACGGUACACUUGUAGCGGGAAGGCUAGGGAGCAACAGUCUUCCCCGAAAUAAAACGUAAAUUUUAUUUGCGGCAAUUGUCGAGGCCUUCCCUGACUGACAUUGCAUGGUAACCGGUACCACCUGAUGAAGAACGUGUCGGAUGAUGAACCCCAACACAGCUAUGGGCAAUCGACACUACAUUUGCAGUGUUCACAGUGUGCAUAGAGAAAGGCAAUCUAAGCAGGAGAUUGAAGAUGUUGGAGAGGAGCGAGAAUCAACUCAGGAUCUAUCUGGAGCCUACAAGACAUCAGAUCUUCAGGCCAAGCUGAUACGAAUCAUCUGUGAAGUGGGCUUCAUGAGGGUGAAAAUCACCUCACAGAAACAG